AUGAUAGUGUGCUACAUCCUUACUAACUGCAUUACAGCACUCGCACCUACAUUCACAAAAUGGCUCACGGAUCAGUCGAUAUCGAUCGGCGAACAAUUAAUUCUUUUCUGCGCGGUGUACGGUAUUCCUCAACCAACGGUAGAAUUCUAUCGUGACAACGUCCAGAUGAAAUCUUCAAAACGGAUGUCUGUCGAGCAUGAUGUCACAAAUAAGUACUGGAGGUUAUUAAUCAAAGAAACGUGUAAGGAAGAUUUCGGAAUGUAUCGAGCAGUGGCGAAGAACACUAUCGGUGCAGCAAUUUCUACUGCGAAAGUUUCUCCAAAAGUUGUAGCGCCUACAUUCGAGCAAGGACUCAAGAGUACUAAGGUGACAGAAAAGGAAGAAAUCCGCAUGGAACAAGACUACAUGCAUGAAAUUCGCCAAGACGUGUCGUCCAACACUUAUUCUCUUAUUAUAAGGGAAUCCCAGAUCUCCCACACAGGAAAGUACACCGUGAAAGCGACCAAUCUGUCAGGAACUGCUGAGAGUUCAGCUGAUGUAGAAGUGACUCAGAAGACAAGGAUGCCUUCUCUGAUCCGAGGACUUGUAUUCACUGAGGUAAAAGUUAACGAAACUGCCACAAUGUCGGUCAACGUCACAGGAGCUCCAGCUCCAGAAAUUACAUGGAAGAAAGAUGACAAACCACUAAUCAUUGAUGGAACACACAUCACUUCCACUCGAAUAUCCGAGUACGAACAUUCACUCACAAUACACUCUUGUACGGUUCAAGACGUGGGCUUGUAUACAUGUGAAGCAACGAACACCGCUGGUUCUGAACUACAUACUGUUCAAAUCAAAGAAAGCGAAAGCUUUGACAUGACUGUGACUGUCACGGGAUCACCAACACCCAAGGUCGAAUGGUUCAAAGACGACGUUCCCAUUGAAGUUGACAAUGUUCACAUUCUGACCAAAGAAGAGGGUCGUGGCCAGUUCACCUUGACCAUCAAGGAUGCCAAAGUAACGGACAUUGGAAGCUAUUCCUGCAAAGCCACAAGCAUUGCUGGAGAAGCUCGCACAGAAGCAACUGUCAAUGUUACCAAAGAGACUGCAGCACCCCAAUUCGUUGAGGUUCUGAGACCAGUUCAUGUGAAGGAAACCGAGACUAUAAACCUGACUGUGACUGUCACGGGAUCACCAACACCCAAGGUCGAAUGGUUCAAAGACGACGUUCCCAUUGAAGUUGACAAUGUUCACAUUCUGACCAAAGAAGAGGGUCGUGGCCAGUUCACCUUGACCAUCAAGGAUGCCAAAGUAACGGACAUUGGAAGCUAUUCCUGCAAAGCCACAAGCAUUGCUGGAGAAGCUCGCACAGAAGCAACUGUUAAUGUUACCAAAGAGACUGCAGCACCCCAAUUCGUUGAGGUUCUGAGACCAAUUCAUAUUAAGGAAACCGAGACCAUAAACCUGACUGUGACUGUCACGGGAUCACCAACACCCAAGGUCGAAUGGUUCAAAGACGACGUUCCCAUUGAAGUUGACAAUGUUCACAUUCUGACCAAAGAAGAGGGUCGUGGCCAGUUCACCUUGACCAUCAAGGAUGCCAAAGUAACGGACAUUGGAAGCUAUUCCUGCAAAGCCACAAGCAUUGCUGGAGAAGCUCGCACAGAAGCAACUGUUAAUGUUACCAAAGAGACUGCAGCACCCCAAUUCGUUGAGGUUCUGAGACCAAUUCAUAUUAAGGAAACCGAGACCAUAAACCUGACUGUGACUGUCACGGGAUCACCAACACCCAAGGUCGAAUGGUUCAAAGACGACGUUCCCAUUGAAGUUGACAAUGUUCACAUUCUGACCAAAGAAGAGGGUCGUGGCCAGUUCACCUUGACCAUCAAGGAUGCCAAAGUAACGGACAUUGGAAGCUAUUCCUGCAAAGCCACAAGCAUUGCUGGAGAAGCUCGUACAGAAGCAAAAGUUGAGGUGGAAAUCCAGCGUGAAUCGGAAUCACUCGCACCCACCUUCACCAAAUCGCUCGUGGAUCAAUCAAUAUCCAUCGGUGACCAACUGGUUCUUUUCUGCUCUGUGAAAGGUGCCCCUCAGCCGACUGUGGAGUUCUACCGUGAAGGCAUAAGAAUCAAAUCAUCGACGAGAAUAUCAAUCGAGCAUGACAAAACAAACACCCAUUGGAGAGUGCUUAUCAAGGAAUCCACUCAGGAAGACUUUGGCAAAUACCGUGCUCUGGCAAAGAAUACUGUGGGAACUGCCAUUUCUGAAGCAACUGUAUCUACAAGGACCGAUGUGCCAGUAUUCGAGCAAGGCUUGAAGCGAACAACAGUUAAAGAGAAGGAGGAGAUUCACAUGGAGGUUAAGGUCAGCGGAACGCAACCUGAAGUCUCGUGGUUCAAAGACGGUCAACCAAUUGAACAAGAUAUGAUCCAUGAAAUCCGACAAGAAGCCUCAACUGGUAUCUAUUCUCUGACAGUUAAGGAAGCUGCAAUGACAGACGCAGGAAGAUACACAGUGAAAGCCACGAACAUUGCAGGAAGCGUAGAGAGCUCUGCCGAAGUUGAGGUGACUCAAAGCUUCGAAAAGCCGUCCUUUGUCAAGGAACUUGUAUCCACCGAAGUUAAAGUCAACCAAACGGCAACGCUUUCUGUUACCGUAAAAGGUGUUCCUGCUCCAGAUGUUACAUGGAAAAAGGACGGUCAGCCUGUCAACAUCGACAACACACAUAUCGUUUCCAAGAAGGAGUCCGACGGUGUCUUCUCCAUCACAAUAUCUUCUGCGAGAAUUGAAGAUGCAGGCAAAUAUACUUGUGAAGCAACCAACGUUGCCGGUUCUGCAGAAUGCUCAGCGAACUUUGCAGUAGUUAAAGAUGUAGAAGCACCACAGUUCACCGAGAAGUUACAGCCUCUCGAAGUGAAACAACAAGAAAGUGCUACCCUUUCAGUGACUGUCACAGGAUCACCAGAACCCAAAAUUGCCUGGUUCAAAGACGCCGUUCCAAUUCAAAUCGACAAUGUUCACCUCUUCGCCAAAGACGAAGGUAGCGGUCACUACGUACUCACCAUCAAAGAAGCAAGAAUCACAGAUCAAGGCAGCUAUUCGUGCAAGGCAACAAAUGAAGCUGGAGAAGCGCGAACCGAAGCAACUGUCCACGUUGCCAAGGAGUCGAUUGGCCCGCAGUUCACAGAGACUUUGAAACCGCUCGAAGUAAAGGAAACUGAAACCCUCAACUUGUCAGUUACCGUUACCGGAUCACCUUCGCCCACGGUUAAAUGGUUUAAAGAUGAUGUACCAAUUCAAAUCGACAACGUUCACGUCCUUUCUCAAGACGAAGGCCACGGUCACUUCACCCUGACCAUUAGAGAUGCCCGUGUAUCCGACGUUGGCAGUUACUCUUGCAAAGCAACUAACGAAGCUGGAGAAGCUCGUACCGAAGCAACUGUCCAUGUUGCCAAAGAGUCGAUUGGUCCACAGUUCACAGAGACAUUGCAACCACUCGAAGUAAAGGAAACUGAAACCCUCAACUUGUCAGUUACCGUUACUGGAUCACCUUCGCCCACGGUUAAAUGGUUUAAAGAUGAUGUACCAAUUCAAAUCGACAACGUUCACGUCCUUUCUCAAGACGAAGGUCCACGGUCACUUCACCCUGACCAUCAGAGAUGCCCGUGUAUCCGACGUUGGCAGUUACUCUUGCAAAGCAACUAA